GAACAGUGAUCAAGAAGCGUCGAGACUCAAGGAUCACUUCGCGUCAGAUGCCGCUCGUACGUAAAGAUACGCAGCGUGGGCAUUGUAUAUCCUUGAGAACAAGAGAUGAACAUACUGGUUUACUGACGGCACUGCUGUAUACUCUCAUGGAUAUGACUUGAGCCAGUCGCUCCCAAUCACGGAGAACGUGCAUGAUGAACUGCUUCUUGAAUAUGCCCUUAUGUCGGGCUGAUACAGCCAGAUGCGAAGUGAACGUAGCCUGCAGGCACGAUAUCAUGAUUCGGCUUGUUGAGAAUGAUGGACCAAACUGGGUAAUAUCGGAGCGUAGUCGGUUUGGGGUUGGGCUUGGAAAUAGCAUGCACCGAAGGGGUCAGUUUUCCCUGAGGGGGAUUCUGAGCCCGCCAGGAGGGAGCGGGGCCCGUCGUCGCCGGCGGAUAGUAACGGUGCAUACGCGUCGGAGCGCGAGCGGAAGUUCACCAUCAUCAGAGGCCUCACGUGCCUCCGCCACUGCUUCGACCUCAGCCGCAGGCUCUCUGGACAGAGUCUCGCUUGGCUCAGUAGCUGUGAGCUCUCCUCUAAGAAUAUGUUCAGUGUGUUGUUGGCAGGAGAAGAGGGCGCAAGAACUCACUGCGAGUCCUGCGAUGUUUGGUCAGGAGAAGUCAUUCGGAAGUUAUGCCGCUUCAAUCGGGAACGUUGUCCUCGAACAAGCUUCUGCCCAAGGUGCUCGGAAAACUCCCAUUCAGUCACUCGUUAUCGAAAAGUCUUCCACCGUGCCUUAAGCAGUUCCCAGCACUGUCUGCAUACAAUUGUGGGAAGAUAUAGGCUACUCUGGAGCGGAAUGAGGUACAACUGAAUUAUUCAUGUGAUGGUCCGG